GUUCUUGUUGGUUGACAGACACCUCCCUUCUCACAGUCCAUUAAGUCCAUGGCGAUGAGGAAGAACAAGGUUCACGAGUUCGAGGCCGAUGUGCCCGCCGCCGACCUAUGGGGGCUCUACGGCACGCUCCGUGCGGCAGAGCUGCUGCCCGAGCUUCUCCCGCAGGUGCUCGCCAAGAUACAGCUCGUGAGCGGCGAUGGCGACGUCGGCACCAUCUUGGAGCUCACAUUUGCUCCAGGGAUCCCUGGCCUGGAGACAUACAGGGAGAAACUCAUCAAGGUUGACAAUGAGAACUACAUCAAGGAAGCGCAGACGAUCGACGGAGACAUCCUGAAGCUUGGGUUCCUCUAUUACAUGGUCAGGUUCGAGAUCAUCGCCAAAGGACCCAGUUCUUCAGUGAUAAGAUCGACAAUUGUGUAUGAGAUAAAUUAUGAAACUCACCCCGGGCUUGAAGCUAUGGUCAGCACCGGACCUCUGGCUGCAACUGCUGAGAAAUUUGCAGGGUACCUCAAGGAGCAGAAGAUCGCUCAGAGCAGUUAAUUCUUGCAACAGCUCAGAGCAAAAGUGUAUCAAUGCUUUGAGAGAAAUAAUGUCUGAUUCCA